GGCCUUUUUCCAAUAAAAGUCUAAUUCCAACCCUAACAGCACACAUAUCUUGUAGACGUUCAAAGAACAUCCUGAGAAUAUUCGAAUGACCUCUGGAUAUCCUCUGAAUGUCUUUCCAAUUAUGAUGUGCUAUUAGGGAACUUUAUAUCCUCCCUUUGUUCCUCCCUAUAAGAUUUCUACCCGAUGAGGUCAUCAUCGUAUAUAGUUGCCAGGUAACCGCGACAAUCGAUUGUUAGCCGUAGCUAUGAGAAUCGCGGACAGAGGCCCGAUACAAAUUUCGACAAGUGUUUUCGAACGUCAAGCAUUCGUCAAAGAAAAAUGUCGAGCGCGACAUACGACGAGCUCUGGAGGGAAGCCCAGACGUUGCUCGCGGAGACGGUGCAGACGGACACGGUGCUCCAGGGCGCGAAGCCGCAAAAGGAUCGCAAGAAGGCUCACGACGCCGUCUCGACCUUGUACGUCCGCUACAUCCUCAUCUGCAACAAGCUCGAGCGGUGUUACGAUCAGGUGAUACAGCCGCAGAAGCGUCUGCUGCUCGAGAGAUCGCUGAACGCAAGUCUGGGCAGGGUGUUGGAGCUUAAACACGACCUGGUCAAUGUUGACCUGUCGGAACACAACUAUUACGACGACGCGUUGCUCGAGUGCGGCGUGACGCCGCAGGAGGCCGAGAUCCAGGUGCCGAGGUACUACAGACGCGGGCGAAUCGCGGAAAUCGAGGAGAGACGGAAGUUCAUCGAGGACACCCUUCGAAAUCUGGGCGCGCUUCACGAGGCCGUAGUCCCAAAAAAGAUCACCGAGUCGCAAGCUAUACGACUUAUUCAGGCCCACGAACGAGCAAGACAAGGUAGAUUGCGGUAUCAGUUUAUGAAAGAAAUCCGUGAGAUGAAAGAAAGAUCGACUACUAAACCAGAAGUUGCUGAGCAGGAUGAAGCGACCGAAAAGCUCGCAGCGCAGAAAAUUCAAAAGAUGUGGAAAGGCUAUAUCACCAGAUGCCACGUUCGCAAGAGACGCCUCGAGGAGAUGCUGUUGAUAGGAAUGCUGCAGCCUAGUCAAACGAUUACGGAAAAUGUCAGACGAGCGGAGAAAUUGAAGCAGCAAAGGUACGAGAAGCAAUUGGAUUUUCAGCAACAAUACCAAGAUCUAAUACUGGAAGCGAAAGAGAGAAUACGUAAGGAGAAGAGCGCCAUAAUGGAGGAAAAUAUCAGGAGCGAAAUUCGAAAUUGGAUCGACACUUAUUUCCAACAAACCGGGAAAAUACCCGAUUUACCAUCCGCCGAGAGCGGUGGUUCGCGCAUGAUUUUCAGCAGACAGGGAACUGAAAGUACCGUGAGCAAAUCCACGGCGGUGUCAUCGAAGGAAUCGAAGAAAUCGAAACGUUCGAAAUCGAAGAAAGAUAGCGAAACGGAACAGUCGGAGGACGAGACAGAUCUGGGAUUUAAAUCGGUUCCUUCCAACUUCCUACCGGAAUUGAUACAAGCAAAUCAGGAGUAUCAGGACGUUUGGAGGGACAAAGAUGAAUCUACAAACCCGAUGCAACUACCUUAUCGCGACAUGAUAGAAGCUGAGAAGACGAGGGAAGUUGAAGACGAAGUCAGAACAGUUGUGGAUCAGGCGAUAAGAAACGAUAUAGAGGCUCUUCAGGCUGCGUUGGACAGAGACAGAGGAUUCAAGGGAAAACGGGCGAAGAAACCGCAAAAACGUCUUCGUAGAAGCGGAAAGAAAAAUAAAAGGAAGAAAGAGAAAGAUCUAACGCCCGACAGAACGACCGAGUCUCUUUUCGAGGAACUUCUCACGCAGGGUAUUAUUAAGUUACAUCGCGAGGUUUCCCUGGACGAGUUUAAGGGCGAAAAGUCAUUCGCGAACUACGAUCUUCGUAUGAAAGAGAAAGAUCCUCUUCCAGCACUUGGUGAUAUAAGGCAAUUGAUUGCCGAGUACUGCAUACUUCCGAUGGGUAAUCAAGUCCUGAGAGAAUUUACACCACUUAUACGAUCUGUUCUGAUAGCCGGUCCCCAUGGUAGCGGCAAAAAGUUGCUGGUAAACGCGAUCUGUACGGAACUCGGAGCUACGCUCUUCGACAUCACGCCGGCAAACAUAGCUGGCAAAUAUCCCGGUAAAUCGGGAUUGAUCAUGCUCGUCCAUUUAAUCUCGAAGGUAUCACGAUUGCUGCAGCCGUCAGUGAUUUUUAUGGAUGAUGCGGAAAAACCGUAUGUAAAGAAAGUACCAAAAACGGAUAAGACCGAUCCGAAACGUUUGAGGAAAGAUCUACCGAAACUGGUCAAGAAUAUCACAGGCGAGGACAGCGUUCUGCUCGUCGGGACAUCCAGCAAACCUUGGGACGGCGAUCAGAAACUCUUAUUUCAGACCUACGACAAAGUAAUCUACAUUCCUAGACCGGACUAUGGCACUGUGUCUCUCAUAUGGAAGCAUCUAUUGUACAAAUACUCGGGUAUUAAUCGUCAGUUUGAUACAUCGGCUAUGGCUAAAGCGUGCGACGGUUUCACCAUCGGCACCAUUUUAGCAACGAUUAACGAGGUGAUGACUACAAAACGUAUGGUACAACUGCGAACACAUCCUUUAACACAUGCCGAAUUAGUGAACGCGUUGAGUUUCAAGGAUCCGGUGUAUCGCGAAGAGGAAGAUGCAUUUUUAGCCUGGUUUUCCAAGACGCCAACCUGUCGACGAAAACAAAAGGCUCUUGAAUUGGAACUGGAGAAAUUGGACGAAGCAAAUGACUCGCAAAAAAAGAAGAAGGGAAAAUAAUAAAUAUAAAAAUCUCGUGUAA